AUGGCGUCGGAACAGGGACUGGUUCGACUUUGGAAGACCAAGCGCAUCCAACAGGCUCUCACGAGUCAUCUAGUAAACCAUGAUCUCACUGCAUGCCCUCUUGUAUGUCGCAAGUUCGCUGUCUAUAUCGCACCAAUCCUCUUUGCGGACAUUGAGAUCCGCUUUGGCAGCAGCACCUUUAAUGGGUCGUCGCGGAUGGCAGCUCUAGAGCGCAUUGGGGGACACGUCUAA